CGUCCUGAAGCAUCUGGAAAUUUCUUAAACCCGCGAAACUAUUAAUACAUUUUCCGAACCUUCAAAUCGCACGUUACGUUUAAUUUCUCUGUCUCAGAUCUCAAGACAUGAAUUCACGCACAGUUUUAAUUUUCUUUGUAUUAUCUCUGGCCGUAUUAUUAACGGAGGGAGCCAAAACUACCGAUCCAUACAAGGUUCUUGGGGUGGAUAAAAGUGCAAGUCAACGAGAAAUUCAGAAAGCUUUCCACAAGCUUUCUCUUCAAUACCAUCCUGACAAGAAUAAAAGCAAGGGUGCUCAAGCAAAGUUUGCUGAGAUAAAUAAUGCGUAUGAGAUACUAUCAGACGAAGAAAAGAGGAAAAACUAUGAUCUUUAUGGGGAUGAGAAGGGAAACCCUGGAUUUGGUGCUGGUUAUCCUGGUGACCAGGGUGGAUAUACUUCUUAUAGCCAGGGGUCAAAUGGGUUUAACUUCAGACCUAAUGGGUGGCAGAAUAUGGGAGGGCAGGACGGUUCGAGCUCAUAUUCUUUCUCCUUUGGCGGUCCCAGUUCUCAGAAUUCAUUUGGUUUUGACCUGAAUGAUAUCUUCUCAAAUUUCUUUGGGGGCGAUGGUGGCGGAAGUCGUUUUGGUGGCUUUGGAGGUUCUACCAAGUCCCAUUCCAGCUCUUCAUCUGGCUCUGGAAGCUCUCCUAAGAGCUUCAGGCCCAUAAAUUCUAAAACUUUUAAGAAAGAAAUCGCCGACCAAGGAAUGACUUGGCUUUUAUUAGCAUAUAAUCCCUCAUUGAGGGGUAGCCAUUCUCAUGAAUCAAUUAUACAGGAGGUUGCUGAUUCAUUACAAGGAGCCCUUAGGGUAGGUAGCAUAAAUUGUGAAACUGAAAAGUCUUUCUGUAGCGAACUCGGCAUACAUCUCCGCCAAAUGCCAAGGGUAUUUGUGUAUUCGUACAAAGCAAAUGAGAAGGGCUCUUUGGUAGAGUACAAUAGUGAUAUGGUUGCUAAGAGUUUGAAAACUUUUUGCCGAGAUCAUUUGCCGAGGUUUUCGAGGCGGAUUGACUUGAAGAACCUUGACGGUUUCUCUGGUAGCAAUGAAAAAUUACCUAGAGUGUUGCUUCUUUCCACAAAAAAAGAAACGCCUGUCAUAUGGCGUGUACUUAGCGGCCUAUAUCACAAACGCUUCAUCUUUAGUGAUGCACAGGUUCACGAAGUGACUGAUCCAAUGGCAAAGAAGUUGGGAAUUGAUGAACUUCCAGCUAUAGUUGGGUGGUUAUCAAAUGGAGAAAGGCGCGUCUUAAAAUCUGGGAUUUCUGUUAUAGAUCUGCAAUCAGCAGUUCAGGAUCUUAGUGCCAUACUUGAUGGCUUUGAGAAAAAGAAUAAGAAGACAGCAUUUAAUGAGGGAAGAAAGCAGGAUGAUUCUCUUGAGAAACAGAUACCUUUGUUGACGGGCGUUAAUUUUGAUGCUCUAUGUGGAGAAAAACGCCCCGUUUGCAUUAUUGGUGCUUUUAGAUCAUCAAAAGCAAGGGAGAAGCUAGAAUCCAUCUUAACUAAGGUAUCUGAAAAACCACUAUUAAGGCAACGGAAUGCAGCAUCAGGCUCCAGGGAUUCGAUUUCUUACGCUCUCUUAGAUGCUAACAGGCAGCAAGCAUUCUUAAAUGCUCUCGAUAAGUCGGGAUUAAAAUCAUCAGAUAAGUUAUUAUUGGCCUACAAACCCCGAAAAGGGAGGUUUGCAACGUUUACAGGUGAAAUGACUGCAGAAAAUGUAGAGGGAUUCGUAAGCUCUGUUCUUAAUGGAGACAUACAAUUCACCGGAACACGGCAGAAGCCAAUGGUGAAAUGAGAUAUAAGCUAAAGCUUACAAUAUUUUUGAUCCUGGUUUGUGAUAAUUUGUAAAUAACUAUAGUGAUGUGAUUGAAUUUGAAUAUAUCAUCAUCACUUGAUCUUGUGGAGAGUAGAUAUACACCUUCUAGCCCUUUGGACUGAAAUGCUGCUCAGUUGUAAUGUUGGUGCAGUUUGUAAUGUUAAAGUGUAGAGGAUGGGGAGAAUCCCGUACCCUCUUAGAAAUAGGAUUUGCACCUUUUGCUUAUUUUAUGCCAUACUUUCUCCCUGCACCGAGAUAAUCUAAUGUUUACUUUGUACAAAUUUAAAAGUUAUAAUUAGAUUAAUUAUUUGUUUA